UAGGGUUGGGUAGACGCAGUCUCCCUCUCUCUGCUCUGUUCGCGAACGAAGCUUUACUCUGGACUUCCUCGUACUUCCGUUCCUUCCUUCGAUUCUCUCUUACGGAUGCCCCGCCUUUUCAUUCUUGCUUGCGGGCGCGAAUACCAUCGCCAAUUCUGCUUUUCUCUCAAAAGUUCUUGCUUCCCCGUUUUAGCCAUUCGAUCCAUCCGCACCCGACCCACAUCAAUCGCACUAUCGCAUUUUCGUUCGGUUAAUUUCGCUGAACUCGUAACUUUGUUCCUUUCACAAACUCUCACCACCAAUUCUUUCCAUGCUCUCCUUGGUCGUUGCGCAAUGGCUCCUCUGUACAGGCGUUCUCUUGUCGCGGAAAUUUUUAAUUUUGAGUUUGAUGGACAAUCGUGAGUAGAAUUGGGUGCUUGUGAGAUCGAAUCUUCCAGCUUUCGUAGAGCGAGGGCUGCGGGAAUUCUGCGCUCAGCAAUCCUUCAAUUGCCAUCUCAAACAUUCGAGAGCCUCUAACAUUACAGCGAACAUUCCGUCCCAUACACAAGGUCAAGAGACCUUGUGCAUGAUCUGAAAAAAAUUGCACCAUUAAUGCAGUUAGGUAAUGGUCAAACAGAGAUUUCGGAGACAAGAACGCUUUAUCUGUUUCUCGAGCGAUUGCGCCUCAGUCAUGUUGACUGGGGAGAGAAGUGAGUGAGGAGCUGGUCAGUCAUUUUCGAGACUAUCUAAAGAGGAGCUAGAAGACGGUGAAUUUUGGCGUUUAAGAUUGAGUGGGAAGAAAGAGAAUCUAUCAGCAGACAGUUGUCUCGAACCAUGUCUAAUGGGUUUGUCCCUGUGCCUACAAAGUCUUGGGCGAAGGUUGUCGAGGAAGGGGUUUUGACCGCUAUAGUGGAAGGCUGUGUGGAAGGUUUAAAUCCAGUGAAGGCUUUUUUGUCAAGGUUGGUGAUGACGUUGAGUCGGUGGCUGAGAUAUUUCUCCACCGGUGAACUUUGCCUAGAGGAUUCAGGGAGGCAUCGUAACUCCAAAUCCAAGAUUGUCCCUUCUGGGCGUGAGCAUGACGAGGAAGGAGAAGCAGAAGCACUUAUUCCGGGUCUUCCAGAUGAUUUAGCUCUCUUGUGUCUAGCUAAACUUUCACAUGGAUAUCAUGGCGUGUUGCAAGCAGUCUGCAAAAGAUGGCAUUUUCUCAUACAAAGUCCUGAGUACGAACGGGCCCACCUUCAAGGGGGCAAGUGUGGGGACUGGCUCUUUGUGCUAACGGAAGAACCUAAGGAAGGGAACUGGACAGCUUAUGAUCCUGAGGCUGGUAAAUGGCAUGUUCUUCCACCAAUGCCUGGAGUUACCGCAGAUCAUCGGCAUUAUGGAUUUGCCUGUGUCGGGGUAGCUAAAAGACUACUCGUCAUGGGUGGCUAUUACACCCCAUUCGAUCCUCCAAUGCAGCCUGCAAAAUAUUUUGCUGUGAACGAAGUAUUGCAGUUUGAUCCUUUCAGUAAGCGCUGGAGUAAAGUUGCAAGUAUGAGGAUUCCUCGGUGUAGCUUCGCCUGUGCUGUUAUCGGAGGGAAAGUCUAUGUGGCUGGAGGUUGCAGCUCCUCUCGAAGAAGUCCUCUCUCACAUGCCGAGGUUUAUGAUCCAAUAGAGAAUCGCUGGGAGGACAUAGCUCCGCUUCCAAACGCAAGGGAAGAUUGUGUUGGAGUUGCUCUGGCAGGCCUUUUCUACGUUAUAGCAGGGGUGGUCGAGAAUCAUGCUGACCAACGCACUGUGGAAGUUUACGAUCCCAGCAGAGCGACUUGGUACUCCCUUCCGGAUGUGUGGCUGUUUUCACGGCAAAUGCCGUGUCCUGUGACAUCCAUGCAAGGUUCUAUGUAUGCGCUGGAUGAUUGGGAUGCUAAUACAAUAAAAGUAUACGAUCCGCAACUCGGGGAGUGGGUCAAUAUCGGUCCUGUUCCUGGCGUUGAAGUGCCAGGUCAAGACCGCAGGCCUAAAGGCUUCAAUUUCGGAUUGAUUGGCUUGCGCGAUGAGUUGUACGUGUUGGGGGGAAAGGUGCUAAGGUGGCAGCCUGCAAAUGGUCACUGGAAGAAAUUUGAUAUAUUGAGGCUCAACACAGUAAUUGCCUGUAAUCCGUCCGCGAGGAGUGUAACUUGGAGGAAAGUGAACUGUAUGGGGGAGUCGCGCGGAGCGGUUCUUGGCUGCGCAGUUCUAGAGGAAGAACCAAAUUCACAAACCAGCUCUGUAAAUGCGGGUUGAAGGAAAUUAAUUUUUCCGUUUCAGCUGUCUGUACAUCCAUCCACGAUGGACUUGCAAGUGCUGAUAUCCCUUGUGAGACUAACCAAAAGUAGAGCAUUGUUGAGAUGACACUGUUCACUUCUUCUGCACAAAACCUGGUCAAAUUUGUUGUACCCGCGGCGGGCGGGAACGUACAUGAAUUGUUUUUAAUUUGUUGGAAGUUAGAAACGAGGAAGUUCAUGUUGUCACUACUACCGGAAGGUUAUAAGGUGAUUGUCUGCAGGCAUUUUCGAGAAACGAAAUUGAUUACGAUUCACCAUGUAAAUAAAUUAUUGAUCUUGAUCGCGAUUGGG